CAUUACAACCGUUAGCAAUAAUAAAAAGCGAACAAAGAAAGUGUGUGAUAAACGGAAAAUUUGAAAAUUUAACAGCAAUAAGAAAACCCGGUUCCAUUAAAGAAAACCAAAUGUCUUUGCUGCUCGCCAAAAUGUUCGGUUGCGCAAUUUUGCUGACCAUCAGCUGUGCGACCUCUGCCGCCUCUGCCUUACAUGUGCCCUACAGCAACGACUUGGAAGUUCAAGGUAUCCAAUCGGCGAUCUACAAUGCUGGACCACUGGGCAAUCAUGCUGGCCUCUUAAGUGCCGCCAAGGCCGUCAGCCAAUUGCAGCUGCCCAAAUUGAGUGAAACGGUGGAGCAGCAUGACUUCAGCAGCGCUGACGGCCACUUGGAGUCGCUGGGCGCGGCUGGCGAUCACCUGGACCCGAAAAAUUUCCCUGCUGACUAUGCGGAGGAUCAUGGCGCCACCGCUGAGGAGUACGAGGAGGCUGAGGGUGCUGCUUCAGAGCAUCACGAAGAGGUCGCACAUGUGGCCGACUUUGGUGGUCAUGAGUAUUUGGAUAAGCUGGACUUCCAUGGCGAUUAUCACGAUGACUAUCAUCACCAGCCCGUCGUGGGUAUUGAUCAUGGCAAAGGCGCGUUCAGUUACAGCACUUUGUAUGAACACAAGCACGAUGAGCAGAAAGGCUUGUAUUGAGUUUGUGCUGAGGAAUGGGAAAAUGGUGAAAGGUUCGAGUGAGUCUUAUAUGCGUGUGUCCGCGUAUUUUUCUAAUUUCGGCGAAUUUUAAUUAAAAAAGCGAUCUGUGUGGUGUAUUUGGGACAGUAUUAUUAGCCUUAUAUUAUAUGAAAUGGAGUUUGUAAUAAUCGUAGUAUGUAAAUAUAUAUUUCUUGUUUUUUUUUUAAAUAAAAAAUAUAAAAAUUAA